AUGAGGUCUCUCUUCGCAAUCAUAGCUCUAGCGGCUUGCACAGUUGUAGCUUCUGCUCCCCAGAACUCUUCGGCAAUUCCAACUCGCCUCAAUCUUCAUCCUACGCAGAUCAGGAAAGGAAGCAAUCCAGACAAUGAUCAUAUCUGGGUCAUCGAGGAAGCAAAUUCCGCCAACACCACCAUCAACGAUGUCACUUUCACUCUUUCGGGGCCGAAGGAUGUCACACUCAACGGCGACUGGAAUAAAAUUGUGUAUGCCAAGUUUCUAGCCACGAUGGGUGAGAGACUCGUCGGCACUGGUAUUUCAUCAAAUGAGGAAACUGGUGGAUCAAUUACUCUAACUUUUGAUGGCCUUUCUUCUGGCAACCAUUCACUUCUGGCGUGGCAUAACGCUUGGGAUGGUGGUAAUGCAAAGCUAGCCACUGUUUCGGUCACAGUAGACGACAAGGAACUCGUCUCGAACAUACAGCAAUCGCGUCAGGUGAACAAUGUGUGGGAGGCAGCCGCUUCGUUUGUGGAGUUCUCCGUUGCAAAUGAUGCUGCUGUAAAGGUGGUAUUCAGCCCAACCGGCGGCGAUGAACAUGUCUACCUUAAUGGCUUCGAACUUGAUGGUCCAUCUCCCAAGGCUCAGAUCGCUUUUCCCUUCCCCGAGAGCCACAACAUGCACCUUGAGCCUGAGCAGAGCGGCUCUCUCCAAGCAUCGUGGCGUGCUCCGAAUGGCACUUCCGAUGUCAAGUACGAUGUUUACCUGGGCACGUCGGCUGACAAGCUCGCCAAUGUCGGCAAGGGCUUAGCAAAAGCUUUUGUUACUUUUACUGAGCUCGAUGCCGCCAAAACCUAUUAUUGGAGAGUUGAUGUUGUUACCGUUGAUAAAACCCACGUUGGUCAUACGUGGACUUUCCAACUUGCGCAAUUAGCAUUCCCUGGCGCCGAGGGUUGGGGUCGCUUUGCACGCGGAGGCCGUGGUGGUAAAGUGGUCAAGGUCACUACUCUCGAGGACAGCGAAGAGCCUGGAACUCUCCGGCACGCACUCACCAUCGCAACCGGACCACGCAUCGUCGUCUUUGAUGUCGGUGGAGUUAUCACCACAAAGUCUCGCAUUUCCGUCAAUGACCAGUACAUCACGCUUGCUGGCCAGACUGCUCCAGGGAAGGGUAUUGUUAUUCAAGGUAAUCCUCUUGGUCUUACAGGAGCUUCGGAUGUCAUUUUUAGACACAUUCGCGUGAGACCGGGAACAGUUUCAGGCAACACCAUCGAUGGUAUGGGCAUGCAAGGGUCUAACCAUGCAAUCUUCGAUCGAUGCUCAAUGGGCUGGACUAUAGACGAGGCCUUCUCUUCCCGAUCGUCGUAUAACAUCACAUUUCAACGAAGCAUAAUCUCUGAACCCCUCAACGUGGCCGGCCACAAGAACUACCCCAAGGGAACCGCACAUGGCUACUCAGCGACGAUCGGUGGAGAUGUUGGAUCCUUCCAUCACAACCUUCUUGCCCAUGCAGAGGGUCGUUCGUGGUCUAUGGGUGGCGGCGUCGAUAACCGCGGCAACUUUGCUGGUAGAUUGGAUAUUCGAAACAACGUAGUCUACAACUUUGCUGACAUUAUGGCGACAGGUUCUCGUGUCACAGACGGUGGAGCUCAUCAGGUCAAUUUUGUCGGCAAUUACUACAAGCCUGGACCAGCAAGUAAGCUCACUUAUGCUUUGAGGGCACAGUAUGAGGAUGGCCUCCCUGGAACCCAGACCUAUUAUUGUUCUGGGAACUCUAUGCCCGGUCAUUUUGAUCAAGACUCGGUGCAGUACAGCUCCAACGAUGGAACCUCUGUUAGCAAGGAUAUCGCCUGCUGGGCUGAUGUCUCUAUCGACCCUGCGCCUACAUACCAGAAGUUUUACAAUGACGAAUUCUUCCCCUCAUUCGUUGAGACCCAAAAGUCCACCGAAGCAUACAAACGUGUGCUCUCUGACUCAGGUGCUAGCCAGCCCACUCUUGACGAUCACGACAAGCGUAUAAUCCAGGAGACCCUUGCAGGGUCAUACAACUACACUGGAUCUGUAAGCGGUAAAAAGGGACUCAUCGACAAUUCUAAGGAUGCAGGAGGCCUUGAGGACUUCCCAGAGGUUCAUCGUGCAAGUACUUGGGAUGCCGAUGACGAUGGCAUUGCAGAUUGGUGGGAUGGCUCAACUGGCGGUGAAGGAUAUACCGUUAUCGAGGGUUACCUUGCCUUCAUGGCCGAGCCUCACUCCUUUGUUGAGCCAUCUGGCUCGCUUGAAAUUGACCUUGGCGUUUUAGCUACAGGUUUUAACAAGCCAAGCUUUACAGUCACAGGCGCUAAGCUGGGUAGUAUUAAAGUCAAUGGGUCUAUUGCGUUGUACUCAGCUAGAGAAGCGGGAGUAGAACGGCUGCAGAUCACAGUCGUAGAUCAAAAUGGGAGUGAAUGGGUUCGACCAUACGGUAUUGGAGUCUACGCUGGGGUUAAGCAAACCACGUAG